AUGAAUAUACAAGCAAGAGGUGGUUUUGAGUAUUUUGUGACUUUCACAGAUGAUUACUCCAAAUAUGGAUACAUUUAUUUGUUGCGACGAAAAUCUGAAUGCUUUGAAAAAUUCAAAGAAUUUAAGAUUGAAACGGAAAAGCGACAUGAUAAACAUAUCCAAACAUUACGAUCUGAUCGUGGUGGUGAAUACCUUUCUGCAGAAUUCAUUAAGUACUUAUCAGAAUCAGGAAUUACUUCUCAAUAUUCUGCCCCAGGAACACCUCAACAAAACGGUGUGGCAGAACGUAGAAAUAGAACUCUUUUGGAAAUGGUUAGAUCAAUGUUAAGUUAUUCUUAUUUGCCUUUUACGUUUUGGGGAUAUGCCUUAGAAACUGUGAAUUAUAUUUUGAAUUUGGUUCCUUCAAAAUUUGUACCUUUAACCCCAUCCGAAUUGUGGAAUUGGCGAAAGCCUAGCCUACGACAUAUUCGAGUUUGGGGUUGUCCAGCUCAUGUGCUAAAAGGAAAAACAGAUAAGUUAGAAUCUAGAACAGAAGUAUUCAUUUUUAUUGGAUAUCCAAAAGGCACUAAAGAAGUGAUUACUACAUGUUCUAGUGACUAUAUAAGAUCCUUUGUUCUACAAUUUAUGCCCAAUGGAAGACUAGAAAAUUGGCUGUACAAAGAAGAUCACCACUUGAACCUUCAUCAAAGGGUCACUGUAAUGCUUGAUGCAGCUAUGGCAGUUGAAUAUCUACAUCAUGGUCAUGUCACUCCAAUAGUUCAUUGCAACCUAAAGCCAGCCAACGUUCUUUUGGAUGAAGAUAUGGUGGCUCAUGUUGGUGAUUUUGGAAUCUCUAAAAUUUUAGCCAUAAGCAAGUUCAUGGCUUAUAGCGAGACAUUGGGGACUCUUGGAUACAUUGCACCAGAAUAUGGCUCGGAUGGAAUAGUGUUUGCUAGUGGCGAUGUUUAUAGUUACGGCAUCAUGUUGAUGGAGGUUUUGACGAAAAGAAGGCCAACAGAUGAAGAGAUAUGCAAUGAAAAUCUUGACUUGAGGAAAUGGAUCACACAAUCAUUUUCAGGGAGUAUGAUGGACGUUGUGGAUGCCAAUCUUUCUCCGAGGAAGAACAGAUCACUUCAGAAAGUGAAAUCUGCAUUGCGUCCAUGA